AUGAAAUCCAUUCAAGUGAUUUUUAUAAUACUAUUAGUACAAGAAUUAUGGCAUUGUGAUGGUUUAAGUACUUAUGACGGCCGCCAGAUAAAUCUCAAUCAAAAGAAUAUUAUUGAGGGCUGCAUGGAUCUUAAAGUGAAUCCCUGUGAUGAUUUCUAUCAAUAUGCCUGUGGCAACUGGGGUCAAGUGUUCUAUGAGGCGGGCACUAAUUACAAUGAACCCAUUGAUAUGAUGGACUAUUAUGUCAAUAUGGAAAUGGCUAUGGUAUUCAAUAGCUUUAGCUUACAAAAUAAACCCAAGUUUAUACAAGAAGCUUAUAAAUAUUUUAAAUCUUGUAGGGCUAUUAAGGAAUAUGAGCCCUUUAAUUAUUUGGCAAAUAAUCUAUUAAAAUCGUCCGCAUUGCUGGUAACACAUAAGAGAAAUAUUAUAUACGAUUGGGUUAGAACGCUGGCACAAAUGAGCACCUAUGGUUUAAAUGAUGUCUUUUUACGACAGAUUGUCACGGCCAAGAUAAAUGAAACGAAAUCAUUCAUUAUUCAGUUGGAUAAACCACUAAUAAAUGGAGGUUUUAAACCCAUGACAAAAGUUAAUUUUAAUUAUGUAAUGAAUUCCGUACCAGCAUCCAUAACGACUGAGGAUUUGGAGACCUCAUGGCUAGAAAUUGAAAAGUUUGAAGAAAAAUUGCAACAACUGGAUAAAAUUGCAGAUGUUGAAGUGAAAACGGUAGAGGAUUACUUAAGGGAGCGUCAAAUUUAUGUCAAGGAUUUACCUUUAGACUGGCUAAAAGACUAUUUAAAAAUCAUACUCAAUCAAACAGAAUUAAAUCCCCAAAUGCAAUUGUAUGUAGAAAAUAUACCCUACAUGAAAUCAUUGGAUGAAUUAUUAAAACAAUAUACACAAAAGUUUUUAUGUAAAUAUUUGGAAAUAAGAUUUUUGUGGCACUUAAAUCUAGAAGGACCCGUAAAUUUCCUAGAUGCAGGUUGUUUGUCCAGCACCAGACGAUUAAUGUCCAAUGCCAUGCAUUGGCUGUAUGAACAGCAUCAUCCCGAGCUGGCUCAGGAAUAUACAGCCAUUUAUGAAAUAUUUAAUAAUGUGCGCAAGCAUUUCAACGAAACGCUGAUAAAAAAUAAUUAUGGUUUCAAUGCCACCUUCAUACAGUAUCUACAAAAUAAACUUAGCAACAUGAAGCUGAGACUCAACAAUAUACCGCGCAUAGACACUAUUGCUAAGCUAGAGGAAUUCUACCAGAGUUUAAGCUUAGAUCCAGAGAAAUUUUAUGAAAACCAUUUGCAAUUGAUACGAUUUAAUUUUCAGGCUCUUAUUAAUCUUUUAAGCAGCCAAACACAAAUUUUGGAUUCUACUUAUUUAGAAAACCGAGUAACGGGCUCCAGCUCCUCCACCUUUUUUGUGAGACGAGCUAACAUUGCAUUUGUACCUUUAACCCUACUGGAGCAACCUUUCUAUAGUCCCGCUUUAGAUGAUGUCUAUAAGUAUAGUACUUUGGGUUUCCUGCUGGCCCACGAAAUGUUUCAUGGCUUUGAUGAGAUCGGUCUGUUAACCGAUGCCAAUGGUAUUACAAGAUUGAUAGAGUUCGAUGAAAAUCCUUUAUUCAAUUUGAGUUACAAUUGUCUGCGUAAUAUUAAUCCUUUGGUUGUUAAUGAGAAAAUAGCCGAUAUCAGCGGUUUACGUUAUUCAUACCAGGCAUUUUUUGAUGCCAAUCCAGAUGCCCUAACUAAAACAUGUAACAUAAAUGACAAAGAAAUACCUUUGAUUAGAGUUUUCUUUUUGAAUUUUGCACAAUUCUUUUGCGGCACUGCCUCGACCCAGGAAUUUUCUUCAAUGUCUAUACAUGGUUCUGAUCGCGAGCGAAUUAUGGAUGCUCUAAAACAUUUCCCGGAAUUUUCGAAGGCAUUUGGCUGCAACAGACACCAGCGGCUGUAUGCGCAGGAUGUUUGUCAUUUGUGGUAG